AUGUUUGGUUUUCAAGAUGCAAAUCUGCUUAGACAGAUGAAAGAAGAACCGCUUGGCCUUAGGGCACACUGGGCUACUACGGUUUUGGAUACAUCACCAGCCAGAACAACUAAUUUUAUUAUUCUCGUUGCCAACUGUGACGUAUUUAUCCUACAGCUGUCUUGUUCAAUAAAACUAAUACUUAGAAUAUCUUUUUUCAUCUCACAGUUGGCAAGAGCACAUUUCGAAAAACAUCCACCGAAUAAUCUCCGUAAGAGUAACUUUUUCCACUUUGUUAUUGCAUUGUAUGAUCGCGCUGGUCAACCCGUUGAAAUUGAACGAACUCAAUUCACUGAUUUUAUUGAAAAAGAGCGCGAAGUAGAUGGCCAGGAUACUAGAAACGGCAUACAUUAUAAAUUGUGGUUAUCCUUUGCGAACGGCAUUCGUACCGAACAAGAUUUAUAUGUCCGCCUAAUCGAUAGUGUAUCUAAGCAGGCAAUUGCUUAUGAAGGGCAAGACAAGAAUCCAGAAAUGUGCAGAGUAUUAUUAACGCACGAAGUCAUGUGUAGCCGAUGCUGUGAAAAGAAAAGUUGUGGUAAUCGCAAUGAAACUCCAUCUGAUCCAGUAAUAAUUGAUCGAUUCUUCUUAAAAUUUUUCCUUAAAUGCAAUCAGAAUUGCUUAAAAAAUGCCGGCAAUCCACGUGAUAUGCGAAGGUUCCAGGUGGUUCUUGGUGUAACUGCUCGUGUUGAUGGGCCGCUCCUAGCAAUUUCUGAUAAUAUGUUUGUCCAUAAUAAUUCGAAACAUGGAAGACGAAUAAAACGCAUCGAUCCAUCUGAAGAUAUAUCAGAUUCAUCCGACAUAACAUCAGCAACAAACCCGGUUAUAAAGGCAAUAUGCCCCAGUGAAGGUUGGACGCAAGGCGGCACAUCAGUUAUUAUCAUUGGAGAAAAUUUUUUUGAAGGACUACAAGUUUCGUUUGGGCCAACAACUGUUUGGAAUGAAUCAAUUCAAGUAAUAACACCACAUGCAAUGCGUGUUGCAACUCCUCCACGACAUAUGCCAGGAGUUGUCGAAGUUACAUUAACAUACAAAUCGAAGCAGUUGAAUCGAGGAAAUCCUGGACGAUUUGCUUACAUAUCGUUGUCAGAGCCAAGUAUAGACUUCGGUUUUCAAAGACUUCAAAAACUCUUGCCAAAAUAUCCCGGUGAUCCCGAGCGAUUGCCUAAGGAACUCAUUCUAAAAAGGGCUGCAGAACUUGCUGAAGCACUGUAUAACAGUCAACAAUUUGCAUUACCUCCGCCACGAACGCCAGCCGAUCAUUUAUCACAUUAUGCAUCAGCUUAUUCAGCACAGUUUGAUACGAAUGCUGAUUACACACGAUCACAUACAUCACCUCGAGCAUUAUCAACAUAUGGAAGUGGUACCACUCCACACUCUUUAUCUUCAGCAGUUUAUCAAGGAACCUAUUCCUCUGUUAGUGCGUCGCCUGCAGCACAAUUUCUCAAUGGCCCAUCGAGUUAA